GUAUAAAAGAUCGAAAUGUCUCCAAGCAGAUGCUCAACUCUCCGCCCUGGCAUACGGUUAACAUGAAGCUCCUCCUGUUCACGUUUGUGGUGUGCUUCGCGGCAGCUCUAGCAGCGCCGGCCGAUAAGAAGAAGAGGGACAUUCUGCCAGGCGAUCCACGCUACGGAACCGAGCAUCAUCAUCAUCAGGAACACGAAAAUGAGAUACAGAUUUCGAAAGCCGCUGGUGGCUACGUAGGUUCUUAUUCCGUUCCAGCCGACACGGUUCCAGCGGACAACUCGUUCCAGGUACCCCAAUCGUCCUACGGACCGCCCAGUCAUACACCCGGCCAGCCUCUGGGACCUGAUUUCUUCGCGGCCGGUGAUGCUGACAAAAACUCCAUCCUAGUGCCAUCUACCUCCUACGGGAUACCCGAUUCCACUCAGCUUCUUAACAGCAACUUUUUCUCAGUGCCGCAUGCAUCCGCAGCAUCCGCUCUUGAUGACAAAAAGCCUACCGCUAUCAAGACUACCGUCGAGGAACAGCCGAAAUUCGACACUCUGCAGAAAACCGUAAUCCCCGAGCUUCAUCACGACGUCCACCACGUGCAGCAGCCAGCGGUCGUUCACAAGCACGUGGAAGCUAUUCCGCAGACUGUCUCCCUUCCGCAAGUGAAGGUGACAUCUCAUCUCUCCACCGGAGCCCAAGGUGUUCAUCAGAGCGUGCCCUCUACUUUUAGCAGUUUCCCCAAUUACUACUCGUACUCCUCAUACAGUAACAUACCCGUGAAAACCGUCGAUCGCCACGUGCAGGUGCAAAUACCCCAACCGUACCAAGUACCAGUGACCAAGCACAUCGCUGUCCCUGUUCCCGUCCCGCACACCGUUGAAGUUCCCAAACCCUAUUACGUCCGCGUGCCACAACCUGUUCAAGUCACCGUAGAUCGUCCGUACCCCGUAGAAGUGCCCCGUCCGGUCCCGUACCCCGUGCACCAUUACGUUAAAACCAACGUUCCAGUUGCUCAUCACCACGUUGUACCUACGGUAGUGGAUACCAAGGCUGGUUCGUUGCAAACCUUCUUCGACAACGCUCAGACGAACUUCCAAAACGUGUUCUCGGGAUUGCCGACUUUCUCAAAUCCUCUGGAUAACUUCCAAAAUCCGUUCGACUUUGACUUCUCGUCAUUCCCAGGUGUAUCUUUCAUCCCUGGUCCCAUACAGUCGCUUAUCCCGCAGGCUCCAAGCACAGUACCAGCAACUACGCCCGAGCAGCCCGUACCCUCCGGUCCCGUCAGCGACUCGGUUACGGUUGACAAUGCGGUACUGAAAGGGGAAACGUUCAUCAAGAACCCCAUCGUGCAACCGAUCACGAAUCAUAUCAAAACCACAAACCAAGCAUACAAGCCCUCCACCGCGUGCGCCGGAUGUACCGUCACCUCCUCCUCCAGCAACAAACAAGAAUAUGUGCAACCCACUGAUGCCAAUGGUGGUUACGUAUAUUAAAAUGUUUAUCUUGUAAUAUGGACAGUGAAUAGGCUACUAUAAUUUCUUAGUAGAAAUACGUAUUACGCCGUAAGAUUAUUCAGCGCAACGACUUACCUAUGAAGUGUCGAAUUGAUUGGAAAAAUUUGCUCGUAGAAAAAUUUUCCUUUCUAACAAUUUGUUUGUAUUAAUAUUUAAUUAUUAAAUACAUAAUAGAAAAGUAUUUAAACAUUACUUUCUGCGAUUACUUUCCUAAUGAUACUCAUACCUUCGAUUAACUCGAAGCUGUUGAGAAGGCGUAUUCUUCUUUUACGCACUAACAAGGUAUUCUAAAAGACGGCCACCUCUAGAUAAAUUUCGGCAUUUAUCAAGUGGUUUUGGUAAUUGUAAAAAUAAUUGUGAAAAAUAUAAGUCUUAUUGAUUGGUUUUUCGUUUGCAUAAAUAUCGCAAUAAUCAGCUUGUAAUUAAAUUUGUGAUUAUAUGUAUUAUUUUGUAGAUACUUUAUAAAUAAACGUACAUAUUUGCGGCGUAA